AUGUCUGAAUUGAAAAUGUCUAGCUCAAUAGAUUCAGUAGAUUUAAAAGUGCGGUUUAAUAAAUAUGGAUACAAGUAUAAAUUUAUUAAAUUAUCAGAACUGGUAGCUGACGAAAGAUAUGAAGUUACUGCUUUUGAACUUGUUAACAUUAAUGGGCAGCAUAAAGUAUCUGUUGUAUUGGAUAAUAAAUAUAAACUCAUUUUACCAGAUAGAUUUUUUAAGACUAUUUCUGAAAAUAUAUAUGAAAUGAAUGAUAAAGGGUGGUCUACACUUUACCUUUAUUACAGGUAUAAAAAAAUACUUGAUAAUGGAGAUUCAUACCAUCGUAUAGAGUUUGAAGGUUGA